GAAGCAGAAGUCGCGGCGGCCGCGUUGGAGGGCGCGCGCCGCAGGGAGUGCCCGGAGCCGGGACCCGCGGCGGGGGCACGGCCAGCAUCCUCUUUCCUCACUGCUCCCACCCCCGCCUCCGCCGACAAUGACUGCCCCGGCCAACGUGGACACCCUCCCCGAGCACGAGAAGAGUCAGAUCAAGAGGGCGCUGGAGCUGGGCACGGUGAUGACGGUGUUCAGCUUCCGCAAGUCCACCCCGGAGCGGAGGACCGUCCAAGUCAUCAUGGAGACCCGCCAGGUGGCCUGGAGCAAGACCGCCGACAAGAUCGAGGGUUUCUUGGAUAUCAUGGAAAUCAAGGAAAUCCGCCCCGGGAAGAACUCCAAGGAUUUUGAGCGUGCAAAGGUUGUGCAUCAGAAGAAAGACUGCUGCUUCACCAUCUUCUACGGGACCCAGUUCGUCCUCAGCACCCUCAGCCUGGCAGCCGACUCCAAGGAGGAUGCGAGUAAGUGGCUCUCGGGCUUGAAAAUCCUUCACCAGGAAGCGAUGAGCGCGUCUACACCCACCAUCAUUGAGAGCUGGCUGAGAAAGCAGAUCUAUUCAGUGGAUCAAACCAGAAGAAACAGCAUCAGCCUCCGAGAGUUGAAGACCAUCUUACCCCUGGUCAACUUCAAAGUGAGCAGUGCCAAGUUCCUCAAAGACAAGUUUGUGGAAAUUGGUGCACACAAAGAUGAACUCAGCUUUGAGCAGUUCCACCUGUUCUAUAAAAAACUUAUGUUUGAGCAGCAAAAGUCGAUUCUUGAUGAAUUCAAAAAAGAUUCUUCUGUGUUCAUCUUGGGCAACACCGACCGGCCGGACGCCUCCGCGGUUUACCUGCACGACUUCCAGCGCUUUCUCUUACACGAGCAGCAGGAGCUUUGGGCUCAGGAUCUGAACAAAGUCCGAGAGCGGAUGACUAAGUUCAUCGAUGACACCAUGAGGGAGACUGCCGAGCCCUUCUUGUUUGUCGAUGAGUUCCUCACGUACCUCUUUUCGCGGGAGAACAGCAUCUGGGAUGAGAAGUACGACGUGGUGGACAUGCAGGACAUGAACAACCCCUUGUCCCAUUACUGGAUCUCCUCUUCGCAUAACACGUACCUCACCGGCGACCAGCUGCGGAGCGAGUCGUCCACAGAAGCCUACAUCCGCUGCCUGCGGGCGGGCUGCCGCUGCAUUGAGCUGGACUGCUGGGAUGGGCCCGACGGGAAGCCCAUCAUCUACCAUGGCUGGACACGGACCACCAAGAUCAAGUUUGAUGACGUCGUGCAGGCCAUCAAAGACCAUGCCUUUGUCACCUCCAGCUUCCCAGUGAUCCUGUCCAUCGAGGAGCACUGUUGCGUGGAGCAGCAGCGCCACAUGGCCCGGGUGUUCAAGGAGGUGUUUGGCGACCAGCUGCUGACGAAGCCCACGGAGGCGAGCGCUGACCAGCUGCCCUCACCCAGCCAGCUGCGGGAGAAGUUCAUCAUCAAGCAUAAGAAGCUGGGUCCCCGGGGCGACGUGGAUGUCAACAUGGAGGACAAGAAGGAUGAGCACAAGCAACAGGGUGAACUGUACAUGUGGGAUUCCAUCGACCAGAAAUGGACUCGGCACUACUGUGCCAUCGCUGAUGCCAAGCUGUCGUUCAGCGAUGACAUUGAACAGACAGCAGAAGAAGAGCUGCCCCAGGAUAUACCCCCCACAGAGCUGCAUUUUGGGGAGGAGUGGUUCCACAAGAAGGUGGAGAAGAGGACGAGUGCCGAGAGGCUGCUGCAGGAGUACUGUGCGGAGACGGGGGGCAAAGACGGGACCUUCCUGGUGCGAGAGAGCAAGACCUUCCCCAACGACUACACCCUGUCCUUCUGGCGGUCUGGCCGGGUCCAGCACUGCCGGAUCCGGUCCACCAUGGAGGGUGGGACCAUGAAGUACUUCCUGACCGACAACGUCACGUUCACCAGCAUCUAUGACCUCAUCCAGCAUUACCGCGAGACGCACCUGCGCUGCACCGAGUUCGAGCUCCGGCUCACCGACCCCGUGCCCAACCCCAACCCCCACGAGUCAAAGCCGUGGUACUACGACGGGCUGAGCCGCGGGGAAGCGGAGGACAUGCUAAUGAGGGUUCCCCGGGACGGCGCCUUCCUCAUCCGGAGGCGAGAAGGCACCGACUCGUACGCCAUCACCUUCAGGGCCAGGGGCAAGGUCAAGCACUGCCGCAUCCACCGGGACGGCCGGCACUUCGUGCUGGGGACCUCGGCCUACUUCGAGAGCCUCGUGGAGCUCGUGAGCUACUACGAGAAGCACGCGCUGUACCGGAAGAUGCGGCUGCGCUACCCCGUGACGCCGGAGCUCCUGGAGCGCUACAACAUGGAAAGAGACAUAAACUCCCUUUACGACGUCAGCAGAAUGUAUGUGGAUCCCAGUGAAAUCAGCCCCUCCAUGCCUCAGAGAACUGUGAAAGCUCUGUAUGACUACAAAGCCAAGCGGAACGAUGAGUUGAGCUUCUGCCGUGGGGCCCUCAUUCACAACGUCUCCAAGGAGCCCUGGGGCUGGUGGAGAGGGGACUAUGGAACCAGAAUCCAGCAGUACUUCCCGUCCAAUUACGUCGAGGACAUUUCAACAGCCGACGUGGAGGAGCUGGAGAAGCAGAUUAUUGAGGACAAUCCCUUAGGGUCUCUCUGUCGGGGAAUAUUGGAUCUCAACACCUAUAACGUGGUGAAAGCGCCCCACGGGAAGAACCAGAAGCAGUUCGUGUUCAUCCUGGAGCCCAAGAAGCAAGGCGACCCGCCGGUGGAGUUCGCCACGGACAAGGUGGAGGAGCUCUUCGAGUGGUUUCAGAGUAUCCGAGAGAUCACGUGGAAGAUGGACACCAAGGAGAACAGCAUGAAGUACUGGGAGAAGAACCAGUCCAUCGCCAUCGAGCUCUCAGACCUGGUCGUCUACUGCAAGCCAACCAGCAAGGCCAAGGACAAUCUCGAAAACCCCGACUUCCGAGAAAUCCGCUCCUUUGUGGAGACGAAGGCGGACAGUGUCGUCAGGCAGAAACCCGUCGACCUCCUGAAGUACAACCAGAAAGGCCUGACUCGAGUUUACCCCAAGGGACAGAGGGUGGACUCCUCCAACUACGACCCCUUUCGCCUCUGGCUGUGCGGCUCCCAGAUGGUGGCUCUCAAUUUCCAGACUCCAGAUAAGUACAUGCAGAUGAACCAUGCCUUGUUCUCACUCAAUGGUCGCACGGGCUACGUCCUCCAGCCCGAGAGCAUGAGGUCCGAGCAGUACGACCCGAUGCCUCCCGAGAACCAGAGAAAGAUCUUGAUGACCCUGUCGGUCAAGGUUCUCGGGGCUCGCCAUCUCCCCAAACUUGGACGAAGUAUUGCGUGUCCCUUUGUGGAGGUGGAAAUUUGUGGAGCUGAGUAUGACAACAACAAGUUUAAGACAACAGUUGUGAAUGACAAUGGCCUCAGCCCGAUUUGGGCUCCAACACAGGAGAAAGUGACCUUUGAAAUUUAUGACCCCAACCUGGCGUUUCUGCGUUUUGUCGUCUACGAGGAAGAUAUGUUCAGUGAUCCCAACUUCCUUGCCCACGCCACUUACCCCAUCAAAGGAAUCAAAUCGGGAUUCAGAUCUGUUCCUCUGAAGAACGGGUACAGUGAAGACAUCGAGCUGGCUUCCCUCCUGGUUUUCUGUGAGAUGCAGCCAGUCCUGGAGAGCGAAGAGGAGCUCUACUCCUCCUGCCGCCAGCUGCGAAGGCGGCAGGAAGAGCUAAACAAUCAGCUCUUUCUGUACGACACGCACCAGAACUUGCGCAAUGCCAACCGUGACGCCCUCGUUAAGGAGUUCAAUGUCAACGAGAACCAGCUCCAGCUGUACCAGGAGAAGUGCAACCGGAGGUUGCGAGAGAAGAGAGUCAGCAACAGCAGGUUUUACACCUAGGAGCCGGGGUCCACGAGCAAGGGUGUCACGCGUGCGUGUGCACACGUGGAGGAGAACGUCCUCUCUUCCAGUCCUGGGAACACGCUCAUCUCUGAGGUCAUCCUCCCCUCAAGCCUGGUGCCAAGAGGACAUUUCUCAAAGUCCCACUGGCAGGAGUUGGGCUUAUUUCCCGUCAGUUUUUCAUCGUGGACAGUCUAACUUACAUUUUCUAUAGAGGACCGUAGAAACGUGCCCCUCGUUUUUGGCCUCUCCUGUUCCAAACCUCCUUGAAUAAAAGCAGUGAAAGUCUCGCUCCGUUACCCUCCCGUGCACGCCGCGCCCUGGGAGCAGCAGCCCUUUCCCGCUAAAGACCCGGGGAGCUGACUUCCACGGGGAGGAGCCUGAUCUCUAAGGACCGGACUCAGUAGCUUCUGAAAAGGAUUUUAACUAAAAGGCAAAGGAUUCCACAGUUAAGGCCAUUGGCCUCCCCAGGGCCCAAGGGGAGCCUGCCCUGGCUGCUGUCCCUGCGGGCUGCCCGGCCGGGGUCAGCGGGCCCUGCCUGCAAGGUGGGCGGGGCAUGCGGCGGCUCGGGAGGAAACCUGCCAGUCCACGGCGGGCACUCGCUCUGACUGCCGUUGCCGGUGGGGGGGGCUUUUAUUUACAAAGUCCAUCCAAAGGGCCAGAGAGCCACCCGAAGUCCCCGCCAGCCUCUUACCCCUGGCUCUGCCCACUCAGGAGCUGGGUGUGUGGAGAGGCCCGUGGAGAGGCCCUGCGUGGGCGGCUCUCUGCAGACGAGAGGUCAUAGACUGAUUUAAAAAGGUCAUCACCGUUCAGCUCCCCCCGGGUCACCCCAUUUUCUGGAGCAGCGAGCUAAGCCUUAAGCCUCAGCAAACUAAAAAAAAAAAAAAGAAAAAAUCCCAUCGACAGCCAUGCCCGAAGGGGCAGACCCACCUAGGACAAGAGGACAUUCCUCUACAGCUGGACACUGACACAGCUGUGUGACCUGUGCAGCGUGAGGAGAGCGUGGGCUGGAGGGCAGGACUCCGCAGAGGCCCGACUUGGUCAGAGGGAACGGAGAACGGACUUGGGAGGGGGGUGGCAACCAUGACUGCGUCAGGAUGACGAACGAGCAGGAAGCCCCCGUGGCUUGACUGCUUGGAACUGGACCCUAGAGACCCCUUCCACCCUCCCCUGGUUCCCCGGGACUUAGCAGGUCUGCAUUAUUGCUGGGAAGUCCAUUAGAACCAGCCAGGCUGUGUGUGAUCAAGAGGCCUUAGGCCCGCAUUCCACAGUUUUUAAACACCUCCGUACACAAAACACUGUGCCCAAGGUUAGGGGCACCAUGUAAAGAAAAAAAUUUUAGGCGGGGGUGGGGGGGACCAGUUACUGCCUCUUGGAACUUAUCCACGUGCUCCUGAAAGAAGUGGGUUUGACCCUCCCUGAAGCCAGGAGUACAGGUGACUGCAGUCUGACUAGGUGAGCUGUUUCCUUGCGACAUUACUUAAUCUUCGGACCGGAGUUGCUGUUUUAUUUGGCAGUCAGCAACUGAGCGAAUGUUCCUGAUGGUGGCAAAUGUUUAAAGCACCCUUGAAUAGCGGCGAGAAGCAAAGACACCGAGCCGAGUGCUGACUCCGUCGCAGUGCCCCAUUCCCCGCUGGCUGGGUGGGCCACUGGAGCCUAACUAUUGCACGCCCAGCCCUACCGCCAGACUUCUUUUUGCCUCCAUCAUUACCUCUACAUGUAGAGCUCAGGUGCUGCUCUCAUUCCUCCCGUUUUCAGCUCAAGGGUGAGUAAAAGACCUCAACCUUUCCCCUUCACUCCACUUUGAAGUCCCAGAGCUAAAGCCUAGAUCCCCUUCCUGCUUAAAAUGGAUUUUCUGCUGGUGUAGCAAAGAAAUUAAGAUGGGGUGGCACUGAAGACAAAAACUAAGCAUUUUUUUCAGCUGCUACUGUGUAAAAGCCACACCUAGCCACACCUAUGCAGAGAAAAAGCAGGCACUGGGGGCUGUGGGGGUUAAACCAUAAAUGUGGCUGGGAAGAACUCUUCCUGUCACUUUCUCCUUCUAGGUGCUACAGACACUUAAAUCCACCAUUAGGGAGUAUUUGCUUUGGCUCCUUCAUUCUCUCCUUAACAGGGGAACACAGGACUCGAACCGAGCAGGUGGUUACUAGCAUUCUCUCAGGAAGGAGGGAAAAGGAAGGACACAGGUGAUACCCUACUCUUCCCACAGUCUGCCCGGGUGCCCCAUAACUAAGCAUAAAUAUUCAGCUGAGAUUGUGGCUUAACAAUCAUGGGAUAAGUGCAAUUCAGGCCAAGCAAAACAGGGACAGGAACAUCUCGAGAGACGGCAGCAGCAUAGCAGAUCCGAACCAUGACUGGGCCCGUGUCACUCUGUCUUCAUUAACCCUUUCUCUGUAGGUUUUUAUCACAUGGAAAAAUAAAGGCCUGGGCCUGCUUACGUCGCUAGAGCUUGGGAAAUUCGGGUUGUACAAAGUUAAACAGUUUCUCUGUUGUGAAACGUGGAUAUCCUAAUGUGCACAGUUCAGAGAGGGGUAGACUAUCCCAUUUCCCAAAGUAGAUCUCUGAAUUCUCUCGCCAAGGGGUAUCUAGCUCAUGGGACUGUGUGCAGUGGAGUGUAAGUGAGGCGGGAAGAGCCAGCAAGUCUUGAUCUCAGGGUCUUGAGUUGGAGGCUCUGUGUUGGGUGAAGAGAUGACUGAAAAGGUAAAAAGGUGGCCAGGCAGCAGAAUCUAAUAUUUGAUAUACUUUGGGACUUAGUUAAAUAAAAUCUGACCUUAAGCCACCAAGGCCAGUGGUCUUCAAAUCGGGUCAGCCUUACCCCCCAACUGUCUACCACAGCUUUGUAAGGAAUACAAAGGGCUCCAAUAUUUUGAGGGGAUCAAUUUUAAGAUCCUUAUCUUCCUACUUGACUCUUUCUUAAGACUCAUAAGCCUCAGGAAACACCUUUUUCACCCCUUACAAAAGAAAAUGCUCUUUCCCCCAGAAUCAGUCUGAAACUACAGGGCAUGACCCGAGGUAUAAAAUUUAAAAUACAAGUGCCUGAAAUGUGAAAGCCUCUUACCGAUCAGGUACAAAUCCUUCUGCUGUUCCAGUGGCUCUCAAUUCUUUUAAUUUCAAGAAAGUUAAAGGAACACCUGAGAUUUCUUGGUAUUUUAGCAUGUAAUUCUGAAGGACUUGGAAGAAUUCAGCUAUCACGCUAUCACAGAAAUGCCUUCUGUUCCUGUCUCCCUGUCUCCUUGAACAAAGACCAGUCAUACUUCCAUACAUAAAAUUGCCAAGGGAGAAAAGAAAGGAUAUUGUGAUCAUGCUAACCAAAGACACGUUCAUUGGCAGAGAGCUGAAAUAACCCAGGGCAGAAGUUUUCUUCAGCACAUUGAGUGAUACAUUGCCAAUGAAAUUUUGCUAUGUUUGGUUAUUACAAUUUGUGCUGUAUUAGUUUUACUGAUCGAGUUCAGUCCAGAAGAAAGUUUCAAGCACCUACAGCCUUACGACUGAUAGGCUGUCCUUAGAACUGUGUUACAGAUCUGCAAAGAAACGAUAAAAAGCCAAAAAUCAACAGGCUAAAAUUUUGAAGAGAAGUAGAAUAAAAAUACACAUUCAAGGAGUAAAAGGGAAAAAGGUGGUAUUUUCUACCAUCAAAAAUUGCCUUAUUCAUGGGCUCUGUUAGGAGGGCGAUACUGUCUCAGCUAUCGUACUGAGAACCUCUAGGCUAAACGUGAAGAGGAACGUAACCGUUUUAUUUAAAGAUGCAGUAUCUACAACACGCUGGCAACUUGGAUCCUUUGCAAUGAUUUACGAUGAAAAUUUUAGACAUCAAUUUAGAAAUGUUCAGGGGAAUACUCAGAUUUUCAAAAUGCACUGAAGAGGUCUCUGAGUGUUAAAUUUUAAGGUGGUUGAUCUAAGGGGUGAGCUGCACUUGAAACCAAGAAGGGUGGCUAAAAGGGGCCCCAAUCCUUUUAACAAAUUUAAAAUGGAUAAAGUUAAUUUUCAGGGCAUCAGGCUCAGUCAGUUAAGUGUCCAACUCAUGAUCUCAGUUUAGGUCUUGAGCUCAGGGUUGUGAGUUCAAGCCCAACGCUGGGCACGAAGCGGACUUAAAAAACAACAAAAAAAGAAAGAAAGGGAAAAAGAAAGGAAAGAAAGAAAGGGGAAAAAAGAAAGAAAGAAAGAAAGAAAGAGAAAAAGAAAUUAACUUGCAACUUGGGUGACUCCUCACUUUUUUGGAGACAACCCUAAAAGGCCAUACUCUAGUCAAUGGAAAGUUAAUAAAUAAGUUAAGAAAUAUGCAGAAUGACAAAAUUGACAUUUGAAAAACACUCGGUGAUUUCUCUUAGGCUCUGUCCUCUCUGAAGUACCUUCUUCUUGAAGAACCAGGUUCCACCAUGACCCUGUCUUUCAGAAAUUCCCUCAUUUCUUAACUUCUCAAUAGGCCUUAAAAAGCUGUAUUUGUAAACUUGUGUUUCAUUGUUAAAGCUUAAUUUAUUUUUUGUAUAAACUGUGUGAUUGUGUUACCUAGAAAAUCAUGUGAACGAGUCACACAAACAUUGGCUACUGUUCAUGUGAAAAUUAAAUGGCUAUAUCCCAUUUUUUAAAAAUAAAGAUCUGGUCUAAAUCAA